AUGAGGCCAAUACCCUCAUUGGCAUGGAUUCGGCAUGAUAAGAUCCUACAAUUAUUUAUGAUGGGAGGUCCACAGCAACUCCGCGAAGCGUUCAGCAUUGCUCAGAACUUUCUGACCCCAGUCCUCGAUCGAGAGGAAAUACAGAAGACCCAAGGCAAAUCUUUGCUGCAGAUCCUCAGUCAGACUUCCGGGGAUCAUGAUGGUGCUCGUGAGGAUGCGUCGAGACCAACGGCGAUCAAUAGGGCUUUGGAUAUCUUGACCAGUAUCCACAAAUCAUUUGUAUCACCUGAGGACCGAUAUGGCUCCCUUCAAUCCAGCGGGGAGGUGGUUGAAGACUCGCCAUCAGAAGAUGCCAAGCGCCGUCGGAUGCUACAUGCAUUGCUGGACCUAAUUUCCCUGGAAGGAAUAUAUCCUUCGCUAUCAUCUGGCGUUGGGAUCCCACUGCAGCAGCGGGUGAUCUCGGUAUUGCCAGCCGGUGUCAUUGCAAAGCAGGCUCAAGUAGUUGCUAGCAGUGUACCGCACAAUGAGCCUCUUUUGCGCCGUAUAAUCGACGUUUUGGUUGACGUUCUCUUCGACCCGAGACCAAGUCUCCAGCCGAUCAUUCGUGGUCGUAUAUUGAGUGACAUAAUCAGUGGCACGUCCGAUCUAGCUUUCAACCCAAAUGCCACGGCAUCGUCUGACCGGAACGCAUAUCAGAAAACGUUGGUCAAGAUAAUUGAUGAUACCCCAACAACCGUCUUGCUGCCCACAUUGUCCGCAUUCCUCCAGUCGGAUACUGCGCAGUGGUUCAAGUCAACAAUCUCCGGCCAGAUUUCACAAGUUCCGCUACGGCCCGGCGGAGUAGUGCAAACUAUCAUGUUCAUUGCAUCGCAGUUUUCCCCAACACUAGGCCAAGAAGCACAAGACCAAUCAAACGGCCCUCGAUUAACUGUCCAGGCCAUCAUGCAAAUCUCACGGCUCCUUUCUUCUGUGCCAUCCAAUGUUGACCCAACCGCCUAUUUUGAGACAAUUGCUCCUCAACUGCUAGCAUUAAUAGACGGCGAUGAUCCAGAUCUGAGGAAAACUGCAUCGUACGUCGUUGGUAAUGGAAUUUUGGGGAAACGCGCUCAUGGCGCUCCUGGUACUAUUGGUCACUCCAUCUUUGUGGAGCCGAUUUUCAAUGCGCUUACCGCGAACCUCGACGCCAAAUCGAGGCGAUGGAUCAGUCGCUUCACCGAUAUCGAAGGCUCUAUGCCACACACCAUGGAAGUGGAGCCCUCAUCCAAUGUCUUGGUGGAUAGCGCCACAGUGGACCUGGCUUUAGACAGAUUGAGGUGUCUGACAUUGCAGCAUCCGAACCCGGGUCUCGUGAAACGAAUCGUGCAUCCGAUUCUUCUCCCACUGUGGGGUUUGGUCUGCUUCUCCCAGGAAGAAGAGCGCACCUCAUUCCAUGGAAGGGUCUUGCCCCUGCUUCAAACUUAUUUUGGUAUCUCCGUUGGAGCGCAACCCCUCAAAAAGCUGGUUGAUAAUCUUCUUUGGGAUGGAGGUGCGACGUGGACAUACAAUAAAGAUUCCGAAGCUGGAAUUGCGUUGCAGAGGCGGAAUGAGAAAAGAAACGAGCACUCAAAUAUGGUGCGGCUGAUCGAUUCCCUCCAAGCACGAGCAGAACUCUUCGUCAGUCUCCUUGGCUCGGAUCCUAGCAGUGAGGAACGGACCGGUGAUAUCUUCCUUUAUGUCAGUCAAAACUGGCUAGUACAGCCCCAAGGCUCCCCACUCCCUCGCACCACACUGAACGGAGGUCCCGUUGGCGAAAGUGGCAACAUCAUCCAGAAGCUUGUCAAUGCCAAGGUUGCAGAGAAGCUGCUUGAGAACUUCAAGGAGGCACUGACUCGGCGCCCGCUCCGAGUUUUAGAGCUCAUCAAGCAAGUCAUUGAUGGGGAGCUACAUAGACUUAGCGCGCAAGAGACGGCGAAGCAAGGCAAACAUAGCAAGGUGUCCCUGUCAUCUUUAGCCAAUAUCGUCGAAGCGGAGGACAAAGACAGGGAAGAAAUAGACAACGACUCCUCUGAGUCCGUCUCAACCGCCUUUAGUUUGAUGUCCACGCUGCUUGCAUCUGCUGGGUUCUCUCCCACUGCUGAAAUUCAGCCCCUCCUUGGAUCUCUCAAAAAGCACCUCGAUCAACUCAUUCCCUUUCUCCCUUCUACCCUCUCCAAAUCAGCGGCUACCUCGUCUAUGCUGCUAGAGAUUCACCUUGCCGCUGCAGAUGAAACCACAACCAAGGCAGUACCAGCUCAUGUUCAGGACCUUGACACGCAUCGUCAAGCACUCUCAAACCUCGACUCAGAUCUACCACCCGUGCAGGCCGAGGGCCUAUCGCUGAUUUCGAAACUUAUCAUGAACUCGUCACCCGUUCUUGAUGUGGGGUCAACCCUCACACUCCUGCUCUCACUCAUCACUGACACAUCUAAGACCGUUGCCAAUGAGGAAUACACAUAUCUCGGUGCAAUCAAGAUAGUUGGCACACUAGCAUCACGUCAUCCGCGUACCGUGAUCAAAACCUUGGUCGAGGAGUACGCAGACAGACGUGAACAACGAGCAUUGGACGAAAGGCUCAGAAUUGGCGAGUCUCUAUUGCGCACAGUCCAAGAAUUGGGAGACGCACUGGCCGGUGAGACGGCCAAAGUUCUUGGUGAAGGUAUCGUUGCCGUCGCAGGACGGCGUGGGAACAAGCAACAUGCACAGCAAGCCCGCAGGAAGCAACUUGCCAAUGAGAGACGGGAAAAGGAACGCGCCCAGCGCAAGGAAAAAGAACCGGCUAUGCCUGAAGGUUGGUCCAUUUCAUCUGGAGUAGCUAAGGCUGCCUCCGAACUUGACCUCACAGAACUUCAUUCGGACGAUGAAUCCCCAGAGCAAUCAGCGUACGCCACAAACGUCGUCGCUGCAUGGGCUGCUGGUGCAUCCGCAGAUGACGCCCCUGAUGACCUUCGCAUCCGGGCAUCCGCCAUUUCCAUUCUUGGAUCGGCCAUCAACGUCAACAUCCUCGGUCUCGGCCCCGUCAUUCUUUCUUCUGCCGUCGACCUCGCGCUUGCGACCCUAACCCUCGAGAGGGAACCGGAGAGUGCCAUCCUCCGCCGGGCGAGUAUCGUUCUGAUCUUCGACAUCCUCAAAGCUCUUGAGGCAGCGCGCGAGACGCGCGGAAACCAGGACAUCGGGUUCAGCUUUUCGCUUUUAGACGACUCUGGUUCCAGCAUGCAGGGAGAAUCGACCAUUGGUAACAUCCCCGCUAUGCUACGCACGCUCCGCUUCGUCGAGGGUAGUGAGGAGGACGGGCUCACUCGUGGAAAUCUACGCGCUUUAAUUGAGAGCUUGGAGGCUUGGUCGGAGAAGUCUUUGAUGUGGGGCAUUGGCGCCCAGGAUGGUCAGGAUGCCUUCAAUCCACAAUUUGGACUGAGCGACAGGAUCGCCGGUCUACAGGUUGAUCCCAUGGCAGGGGCAAACACUGGACGCCCGCGCAUCGAGGAGAUCGAAUGA